AGAAUGGGGCUGUGCAAGUGCCCCAAGCGAAAAGUCACCAAUUUAUUUUGCUACGAGCAUCGCGUCAAUGUCUGCGAGUUUUGCCUCGUCGAUAAUCAUCCAAAUUGCGUCGUGCAAAGUUAUCUCACAUGGCUCACCGAUCAGGAUUACGACCCGAAUUGCUCUCUCUGCAAGACAACACUGGCCGAAGGCGACACAAUUCGGCUGAAUUGCUUGCAUCUCCUCCACUGGAAAUGCUUCGACGAGUGGGCGGCAAAUUUCCCGGCCACGACCGCCCCGGCCGGCUAUCGAUGCCCGUGCUGCAGUCAGGAAGUCUUCCCACCGAUCAAUGAAGUCUCUCCACUCAUCGAGAAGCUCCGCGAGCAACUGAAACAGUCCAACUGGGCAAGAGCAGCGCUCGGGCUCCCGACUCUUCCGGAACUCAAUCGGCCAGUGCCUUCUCCGGCGCCGCCACAGCUGAAAAAUGCUCCAGUUAUGCAUAAAGAGGUCCCGGUGCACAAUAAUAGAUCCUCCACCCCCGCAACCCAUCUGGAAAUGGAAGACACCGCUUCCUACUCGGUCUCCAACAAUGACGUCACUUUUGCGCGAAAAAAGAACUACGGAGCCGAAUCUUCAAGCGAUACUCGUCCACUUUUACAGCUCCGUGACGCCGAUAACGAGGAGAAUAAAUAUAAACGGCGCCCGACGAUGGAUUGGAUGCGCGGGCUCUGGAGAGCAAAACAUGGCGGCUCCGGGGUCCCACAGGAACGGGCUUCCGCGAAAAAAAUCGCGCUUUUCGUGAUUUUCCUGGCCGUUUUGGCUUUGAUUACGAUUAUAAUGGUGAUGAAGCGUGCCGGAUACAGCGGCGAGCACUCAUCGGACCCCCUUUUCGAUCCAAUGGCCAAUCCGAAUAUUCGCGUCGCCGUCGAAGAUUCUCGUCUUCCACACGUCUAAAAAAUUUUUUUUUUUGAAAAAAAUGUGCAUAUCCUUCCCUUUCUGUGUAAUAUUCAAUGUCUACUCAUUCCCCAACGAAAAAAAAAGUUUUUCGAAAAAUUUUUUAUUUUUACUUUCGCCUGCUAAUGAUGCUAACAAACGGGAUUUUUUCUGAUUUUUUUCGAUUUUUUUCGCUAAAAACUAGCUAAAACUAGCUAAAACUUGGUUGUAAUUAAUUAUUAAUUAUUUAUUCUUUUUUUUUGCCCUAUUUCUUGUAUAUUCGGUGGUUUAAAUGGUAUUUAUUGAUU